AUGCUGAGCUCAGGUCUUCCUCCUGUUCUCCUGGUGCUCUCAAUGCUGGAGCUGAGCUGGUCCCUGAGUGAUGAAGAAAAGAAGAUCAUCUUGGAUGAACAUAAUAAAUAUCGCUCCCAGGUCUCUCCUCCUGCCAUGGCUAUGAUGAAGAUGACCUGGGACAUGGAGCUGGAGGCCCUUGCUCAAUCCUAUGCAGAGAAAUGCAUCUGGGACCACAACAAGGAGAGGGGCCGACGGGGAGAAAACCUCUUUGCUAUGGCUCCAACCCUGGAACUAGAAUUCGCCGUGGAAGACUGGAAUGGGGAGGAGAAAUUCUACAACUUGACAACAUCCACGUGUGUCCCUGGGCAGAUGUGUGGCCACUACACCCAGGUGGUCUGGUCAAACACACAUCAGAUCGGCUGUGGGGCACAUUUUUGUGAGAAGAUCGAUGGAAUUGAAACAGAGAACAUGCACCUGCUUGUUUGCAACUAUUAUCCCCCGGGUAACAUGAAAGGCAAAAAGCCCUACGUGGAAGGACCCUCAUGUACAACAUGUCCCAUGGGCACAGUCUGUGUGAACAACCUCUGUGCAGGUGCCCUGGACACAGAAGAACUGGAGACAAACUCGGACCAGACAAGUGUGGAUCUGCCCAAAGAUGGAGUCCACAGAAUCUGCUUGGGGCUUUCGCCCCUCCUCCUCCCCAGUGCCAUCCUGGUGGGCCUUCUGCUCUGA